UAGCAGCAUUGGCACAUAAUACAAAUUCAAAGAGAGAAUGAUUGCUGGAAGGGACAUUGGUGAAAGAUAGCAUUGGAGAAGAAGAAUUAUUGGAGAGCAGCAGAAGGCAUGGAAAUUUCUUUGGUAGUGAAGUGCAAAACGACGUUCGGCGAUAGAAGAAGGUGCUUUGGUGCUGGCUUGUUCUUCCCUCCAACUCCAACUGGCCGGUGUCACCAACUAUCUUCACCAUGGGGACGUGAAUUCAAGGCAGGUUGGGGUUCUUUUAGCAUCAAAGCUGGUGCAGAUUUUUCGCGUAGGAGACAGAGGAAGUUCUCAACUGCAAAGCCUAAGGGCCCUGGUUCAAAAGGUUUCGUCCCAAAACCACCUAUUGAGACAAGCAACCAGAAGAGGGAUAAUAAAGGCACUGGAGUCAAGGGAGAUUCGCUUACCCCAACAGCUAGUGAGAUAUCAGGGGGUAAUAAAAAAACACUUGAUGUCAAGAUUGAGGCUGACGAAGAAGAGGCAGUUGAGUUUUCCCAGGAGAAAAAAAUGGAGGUAGUAGAUGCUAAUGAUGUAAUUCUUGAGGAGGAUGGUCAAUUAUCAUUGUUACAUGAGACAGUGGGUGUUGCUCAAAGAAAUCAAGGUGAGGAAAAUGGAAAAUUUUCUAUAACUGAUGAGGAGGAUGUUCUAGACACUUCCGGCACCAGGGAUAAUGGAAAUGUUAAAGAUUCAAAGGAAAACCCAUUAGAGAAUGUAGAAAUUGAUGUUCUAAACACUUCCGGCACCGGGGAUAAUGGAAAUGUUAAAGAUUCAAAGGAAAACCCAUUAGAGUAUGUAGAAAUUGAUGUUCUAGACACUUCCAGCACCAAGGACAAUGGAAAUGUUAAAGAUUCAAAGGAAAACCCAUUAGAGUAUGUAGAAAUUGAUGAAACUGUUAGAGAAGCAAAAACUGACACUGAUGAUGAAGUAACUGGGGAAACCAUUGUUAGGGAAACAAAUACUGAGACUGAUGACAAAAUAAAUGAGGAAGCUUCUCGACUGAUGAAGUUAGAGUUGGAAGCAAAUUUACGCAUGCAAGAAAUAGACAGGAUUGCAGAGGAAAACUUUUCACAAGGGAAAAAGCUGUUUGUAUAUCCGCCUGUGGUUAAACCCGAUCAAGAUAUAGAAGUGUUUCUUGAUAGGAGUCUUUCAACUCUAAGUAAUGAGCCGGAUGUUCUGAUUAUGGGGGCAUUUAAUGAUUGGAGGUGGAAAUCUUUUACCAUUAGGUUAAAUAAAACACAUCUCAAAGGUGAUUGGUGGUCUUGCCAUGUACACGUUCCAAGAGAAGCCUAUAAAAUGGACUUUGUGUUCUUCAAUGGGAAAAAUGUCUAUGACAAUAAUGACAAAAGGGACUUCGCCAUACCUGUUGAUGGUGGAAUGGAUGCAUUUGCCUUUGAAGAUUUCUUGCUUGAGGAAAAACGUAAAGAAUUAGAAAAAAUUGCCAAGGAGCAAGCUGAAAGGGAAAGACAGGAAGAAAACCAAAGGCGAAUGGAAGCAGAGAAAGCUGCAAAAGAAGAGGACAGAUCACUGGCUAGGAUGGAGACUAAAAGAAGGAGAGAAAUGUUGCAGCAAUUAAUGGAAAAAGCGGUAAAGUCCAUUGACAAUGUUUGGUAUAUAGAGCCUAGUGAAUUUAAAGGCAAAGACUUGGUCAGAUUAUAUUAUAACAGAAGCUCAGGUCCUCUUCCACAUGCUAAGGAAGUAUGGAUUCAUGGGGGGCACAAUAAUUGGAAGGACGGAUUAUCAAUUGUUGAAAAGCUUGUCAAAUCUGAUUCAAAAGAUGGUGAUUGGUGGCAUGCUGACGUUGUUGUACCUGAUCAAGCCUUUGUCCUUGAUUGGGUCUUUGCUGAUGGUCCACCUCACAAUGCAAUUGUGUAUGAUAACAACCAUUGUCAAGACUUCCAUGCUAUUGUCACAAAGGCCGUACCUGAUGAAGAGUUUUGGGUUGGGGAAGAGCAGAUUAUAUACAGAAAACUCCAGGAGGAGAGGAGGUUAAGAGAGGAAGCUAUACGUGCCAAGGCUGAAAAAACAGCACGUAUGAAAGCUGAAACAAAGGAAAGAACUUUGAAAGGAUUUUUGCUUUCUCAAAAGCAUAUUGUCUUCACUGAGCCUCUUGAUGUUCGAGCAGGGAGCACAGUGACAGUAUCUUAUAACCCCUGCAACACAAAUCUGAAUGAAAAACCAGAGGUUUGGUUUAGAUGUUCAUUUAAUCGUUGGACUCAUCGUAAUGGUCCAUUGCCACCUCAGAGAAUGUUGCCUGCAGAGAAUGGUACUCAUGUCAAAGCCUCUGUUAAGGUUCCACUGGAUGCAUACAUGAUGGACUUUGUAUUCUCUGAGAGGGAAGAUGGUGGAAUUUUUGACAAUAACCAUGGAAUGGAUUAUCACAUACCUGUUUUUGGAAGUAUUGUAAAGGAACCACCUAUGCAUAUCGUCCACAUUGCUGUUGAGAUGGCCCCAAUUGCAAAGGUUGGUGGCCUUGGUGAUGUUGUUACAAGUCUAUCCCGGGCUGUUCAGGAUUUAAAUCACAAUGUGGACAUUGUUCUUCCAAAGUAUGACUGUUUGAACCUUAGCAAUGUAAAAGAUUUUCAAUAUCACAAAAACUAUUUCUGGAGUGGAACUGAAAUAAAAGUAUGGCAUGGAAAGGUGGAAGGCCUCUCUGUCUUCUUUUUGGAGCCUCAAAAUGGAUUCUUUCAGGCUGGCUGUAUAUAUGGUUGUCGGAAUGAUGCAGAGAGAUUUGGUUUUUUUUGUCAUGCUGCUCUUGAAUUUCUACUUCAAAAUGGAUUGCAUCCUGAUAUCAUCCACUGUCAUGAUUGGUCGAGUGCACCAGUUGCAUGGCUAUUUAAAGAACAGUAUACACAUUAUGGUCUAAGCAAAGCACGGGUUGUGUUUACAAUUCAUAACCUUGAAUUUGGAGUCCAACUCAUUGGAAAAGCUAUGGCAAACGCAGACAAGGCUACAACUGUUUCCCCCACUUAUUCUAGGGAGGUUGCUGGGAAUCCUGCAGUUGCUCCUUAUCUUCACAAGUUCUAUGGUAUAAUAAAUGGAAUUGACCCAGAUAUAUGGGACCCAUAUAAUGAUAAGUUCAUUCCUGUAUCAUACACAUCAGAGAAUGUGGUAGAAGGGAAAAGAGCUGCCAAGGAAGCCUUGCAACAAAAACUUGGUUUGAAAAAAGCUGAUCUUCCUUUAGUGGGAAUUAUAUCUCGAUUGACUCAUCAGAAAGGAAUCCAUCUCAUCAAGCAUGCCAUAUGGCGCACCCUAGAGCGUGGUGGACAGGCUGUAUUACUUGGUUCAGCUCCGGAUCCUCGUAUCCAAAAUGAUUUUGUGAGUUUGGCCAAUGAAUUGCAUUCUCUUCAUAAUGACCGUGCUAGAUUCUGUCUUUCCUAUGAUGAGCCUCUAUCACACUUGAUAUAUGCUGGUGCUGAUUUCAUUCUAGUUCCUUCAAUCUUUGAGCCGUGUGGUCUUACUCAACUUACAGCAAUGAGAUAUGGUUCGAUACCCGUUGUUCGUAAAACUGGAGGACUUUACGAUACUGUAUUUGACGUUGAUCAUGAUAGGGAUAGAGCGCAGGCACAGGGUCUUGAGCCAAAUGGAUUUAGUUUUGAUGGAGCUGAUGCUGGAGGUGUUGAUUACGCUCUCAAUAGGGCAAUAUCAGCAUGGUAUGAUGGCCGUGAUUGGUUUAACUCUUUAUGCAAGAUGGUAAUGGAGCAAGACUGGUCUUGGAACCGGCCUGCUCUUGACUAUCUGGAGCUUUACCAUGCAGCACGCAAGUCAGCAUGAGAUUUCAGUAGAGACAGGAAGUGAGGCGCCAAUUAAGUUUCAUGCCCUUUGUACAGGUUUAGUGGUAAGCAUUAGCUUAAACAUAAUUUGAUUGCAUAUGGUGAAUCCUAAUGAAAGAUCACUGCGUGCUGAAAAGCUUUUAGAGGCGAGCUUAAAAUGGUUCAUUUUUUUUAGCAUGCAAUAAUAUAGGGAUUGCUUUACACUAGUUUAGUAUACGCUAAGAGAUCUAUGUCUUUAAAUUGCUGAACCUGUGAAUUGCGAUAUAAUAGCAUUGCAGAAUAGAUGUGCUAGCUCAUGUUGUGCUAGAGAGGAUCUAAAAGAGUAAAAGUCAUUUUUUUUAUUGUAUAUUGGCAUGGACCAACGCCUUUUUGUUGGACAAUGUAGAAAGAAAUAUUUUAUUGCAAUUGCUUU